CAACAGCAAGCAGCAGAAAAGCAAGAAAGAUGGGAGACUACGACGCGUAUGGUGUCCCGGCCCCCGUUGCUGAAGCCCCUCCCCGCCCAACAUCUCCAGGGCAAAGCGAAGAGGGUUACAAACUCUUCGUUGGCAACCUUUCUUUCCGGACGGAAUCCGCCGCCUUGCGCGAAGCUUUUGAACCUUUCGGACGGAUUGUCUUCUCGACCGUGAUUGAAAACCGGGAAACGGGCCAGAGCCGUGGCUUUGGCUUCGUCGUUUACGAACAAAAACACGAGGCGGAUGCCGCUAUUUCCCGCAUGGACAACGCCGAGCUGGAUGGACGCACCCUUCGGGUCAAUUUCGCGCGGCCUCGGGAAGAAUUCGGGGGCAGGCGCGGCGGGGGACGGGGUGGUUACGGUGGGGGCUUUGGGAUGGGCCGAGGCGGGGGUGGGUUUGGGGGUAUGGGUGGGGGAGGCUAUGGCGCCCCUCGUUACCCGCCCGCGGGCGGUUACGGUGGAGGAGGAGGAUAUGGCGUUGGAGCCGGGUUGGGAGGGCAAGGCUUUCGUGGCCUGUACUUUGAAUUUUCAUAUUUUGAGUUCAAAUGUUGA